AUGUCUGGCUGGUGGAGAGGCGGAGGUGAUUACGCGGAGGCGCGCAGCGCUGAAGGGAGUGCCGAUGGAGAGCCGCACAUCACCAUUUUAAGUGAUGCGCUUGUGUAUCACAACGGUUUGAUAGUUUGGAAGCCACCAAGCAUCUACAAAUCAUUCUGUCCAAUUAACAUCGAGUACUUCCCCUACGAUUCUCAAUCUUGCUCCUUGAAAUUUGGAGGAUGGAGCUACAACGGCUUUCUUCUUGAUGUUCGUCAAUUACCGUCCAUUGAUUCUCCAAUCAUAAACCGAGAAGAUGAAACUGGAAAAGAGUACCAAUACCUGGAAAAGGGCAUGGACUUAUCUGGAUUUUAUCAGAGCCUUGAGUGGGAUCUGAUGUCUCUGACAUCCCAACGUCAUGAGCAACUGUACCCCGGUUGCUGUGGACAAGACUUUUAUAUCGACGUCACGUUUGAUAUAGCACUACGGAGAAAGACUCUGUUUUACACAGUGAAUUUGGUGAUACCUUGUAUGCUGAUAGAUGAGCGUGCAAACAAGAAAACAAUAGAGAACAAGAGAGUACCAAAGCACCCAGCAUAUACUUAUGCGUGCGAAUGGGUUGGCCCCAGCUUUGCGAGAGAAGGCAACAAGAAAGCAGCUCGCUGGUACCAAUUAGAGACUUUUGGAAUCCCCCACCCUUCAACUUCCUUCGCGCCAGUUCAAGUUACGGAACAGUUACUAAACACUGCCAUAUUGACCACGUUCGUAUUCUAUAUUCCUCCGAUCGAGCACAAGAUGACAUUUUCUAUCUCAAUUCUGGUUUCGCUUACUGUGUUUUAUUUAGUUUUAAUUGAACUCAUCCCGCCGACCUCUCUAGUGAUUCCUCUGAUUGGGCGCUAUCUUUUAUUCACGAUGUUUCUUGUAGCAAUGUCUAUUCUUCUCUCAGUACUUUCACUCAACUAUUACCGAAGAGAUGGUUCUGCUCAUCCAAUGCCUCACUGGAUGCAAGCUGUCUUUAUCGAAACUUUACCAAAAUAUAUUGGAAUAAAAAGAGCAGAAGUAUUAGACGAUAUUAGUGAUCGAGGAAGCAGCGUGUCGGGAGAAGCCGGUCAACUUCUGGAUUCGCGCCGUCCUUCUCCAUUCUUUUUGGCUGUGCCAACUUCUGGUUACGAAGAUGAAAAGAAGAAGACGAGAGGAGAGCACAACAAGAUGCGGUUGUCGCAAUUGGCACAUCUCCGUGGACUGCAUCCCGAUUUGAUAAGAAGAAUGACUGACAACGUUUCAUUCAUUGCUGACCAUUUCCGAGCCAUUAAAGAAGAAGACAAGAGACUAAUUACUCUUGGAAUGCAUAGUAGCGCACCGAUCGUAGCUAAUGUCAAAACGUACAACGCUUCCACACCUCGGUUGGCCAGCGCUGUAAAACAUCAUGUUUCGUUCAUAAGCCGUCGACAGCUAUGUCAUAAUCGACGAAGGCAGGUGGCAGACGAUAUUCCAGAAAAACCUCAGUGA